AUGGGUAUUGGAAACGAGCAACACGUAGCUGUAGCUGUUUUCCGAACGACAAGACGCCUUUUUUGUCAAUCUCAACAUCUGACCCGCAUCACUGACAGACGCCACAUUUGUCAAAGAGACCAAAUAGUCAUGCGACCUGUACGACGACCACAGACGUUCUGUCGACCACAUUAUCAAAGAAUGAUAAUGCCUUGUCCGAACAAUAGUAAUCAAUUAUGUAACACUUUUAGAUUCCGGUGCAGAAUAGCUCAACGCUCCGUCCUCCACAUGGUACCACAGCGUGAACAAUCAUAUUCCUGCUGUCCUGGUUGGGCAGGUUACUCUCCCAGAUAUAGAGGAUGUAUGAAUCCUGUAUGUGAAAGAAAGUGUGAAAAUGGUGGACAUUGUUCCAAACCCGGUCAAUGUUCGUGUCCUAAUGGAUGGUCUGGGGAUUGCUGUCAAAACGAUACCAAUGAAUGUAAAGGGGAACAUGAAUGUCAACAGGUGUGUAAUAAUAGACCAGGUGGUUAUAAUUGUUCAUGUUUUGAUGGCUUUACCUUACAGAGUGACCAGAAAUCAUGCCAAUUUUGUUUGACCUGUUCUAAUGAAUACAGAAAUUUGGAAGUAGAAAAUAGAAGAUUAAAAACAGAAAUCGAUUCUAUGGAAUCACAGAUGAGUUUAUUGAACAGAACAGUAAGUUCUGUUACAGAGAAACUGACAAGGCUUAGUCAAACUGUUUACCUUGAAGAUCGAACCAAAAUAGCUAAUAAUGCUCACAACACCGACGUUCAAGAUGCGUUGGUGACUUUGAGCGAACGAGUCGGAGAGUUAGAAGAAUCCAAUGGAAAUUGUUUUUGCUCUUCCGAAAUAGCUCGAGCUCAAAACGAUGUUUAUAAAGAGUUUAAAAGAAUGGAGAAAGAUUUGGAUACUAGAAUCAGUUUACUGGAAUUUGAACAGAUUGAGCCUCCACCGUCGUUUAGACCACCGUGGAUCGAUCCAACUGUUUUUACACCUAGCGAAAAUGUUGAAUCUAAAAAACCUGCGUCGCCUUAA